AAGGAGCAUGAAUCUUUUACAUGUGGUUGUGGUUGGCAUGAUGUUCGUUCCUCUAGCUAGAUUAAAGGAAGACCAUCUUUUAUGCCCCGGGAAAAGAAAAUAUGAAGACCAUCUUGAAUUCACACUACUAGCUACAUUGGCCUCAACUUGGAUCAGCCUACGAAGCCUAGAAGUUGGUCCAAACCCAACCCAUUUCAAAAUUCAUAGCCAACCAGAUGAAGGGAACGGUAACCCUAACCAGCUAAUCUCUCUCUCUCUCUCUCUCUCUCUCUCUCUCGCUCAUGGUCGUCGAACUGUUCUCUCGCCAGAACCGAACCCUAGCCUCCGUCCUCGUCUCCCGCCGCCUCCUCUCCUCCUCCCCUCCGUCCAUCUCGAUUCUCCGAGACCGCUACGGCUUCGUCGCCCCGCCGUCCCUCCUCCCCGAAAACGCCAACGCUAGCUCCGUCGACCGCGGUGGAGGCCAGGCCAAGAAGAAGAAGAAACCCCCGUACCGGCCGCCGUCGUCGCUCGACCGGGCCGGCCAAAAGCCUUCCCGAUCCGACCUCCCGUUCGACUUCCGCUUCAGCUAUACGGAGAGCAACCCCAGUGUGAAGCCCAUCGGGCUCCGCGAGCCCAAGUAUUCCCCCUUCGGCCCCGGGCGCCUCGAUCGGCCAUGGACCGGGGUUUGCGCUCCCGCGGUUGAUUCUACUGUGAGGUCUGUGGAUGAGGAGGGACCGAGCAACGUGGAGUUGGAAGAGAAGUGGAGGAAGACGAGGGAGAGGAUUCUUGGGGAGCCGCUCACCCCGGCGGAGAGGGCGUUUCUGGUCGAAAAAUGCCAAAAGAACCGGACAAAGCGCCAGGUUAAUUUGGGGAGAGAUGGCCUUACCCAUAACAUGUUGAAUGAUAUUCACAAUAAUUGGAAGCAUUCUGAGGCUGUUAGAAUAAAGUGUCUUGGCGUGCCUACUAUUGAUAUGCAGAAUGUUUGCACACAGCUUGAGGAGAAGACUGGUGGUUUGAUCAUCCACAGGCAUGGUGGUCAGAUCAUGUUGUACAGGGGAAGACACUAUAAUCCCAAGAAAAAGCCUGCAGUACCAUUAAUGUUGUGGAAACCUCAUGAACCAAUUUAUCCAAGGUUGAUUAAAACAGUGAUUGAUGGACUAACCAUUGAGGAAACAAAGGAAAUGAGGAAAAGAGGCCUUGCUGUUCCUGUCUUGACAAAGCUUGCUAAAAAUGGUUAUUAUGCUAGCCUUGUACCGAUGGUCCGAGAUGCUUUUCUGACUGAUGAGCUAGUUCGUAUAGACUGCAAAGGCCUGAACAAAAGUGACUACAAGAAAAUAGGGGUUAAGCUUAGGGACUUGGUUCCUUGUGUUCUUGUCACUUUCGAGAAGGAGCAAAUUGUGGUUUGGAGGGGAAAGAACUACAAUAGUGGUGCCCACUGUAACGCAGAAGAAAAAUCUUUCUCUCUGGUUAAUGAAUCAGGUUUGGGCGCAGACAAGAGCAACAAUGGUAUUCCUGGUCAAAGCGCAGAUGGCUGUAUUCCUGAUCGAAGCUCAGACAGCUAUGCUACUGAUCAAAGUUUAGAUGAUGAAUCAGUUGUUUCGGUAGUGUAGUUCCGGCACCAAUUGGGUAAACAGGAUAUCUGAACUUUCUGAUGCCACUUGGUGUGGUCCUGUUGCUGCUCGUAUUUUCCAGGAUGACUGCCAUCACUGAAAUCAUCUGGGCGAAUAUGAGAGAGACCAUGGUGUUUGAGUCUGGAUCCUGUCAAGUGAAUGUCAUCACUCAAUGGUUCUGACUCUGAUGAAUGUGACCGAAAGUCACUUCAGAAACUGAGGAUUUUAAAUGUUUCAGAAACAUUUCAUGAUGCAUGGUGCAGCUCAGCCAUCAAAGCUUUGUUCAGUUCCAUGUGUAUAUUUGUAGUUAGGACGAUACUGAACUUAAACAAUUUGACAGUAAUUUCUGUUGCCAGUUUUUUCAACUUCUUUGUUCAAUUCAAUGACAUAAUUUGAACAAAUAAGGGUUUGUCAUAUC